AUGGAGGAACAUAGAGGGAUUUCCUCUGGGGUUUCGUCGGAACCGGCAUCGAAUUCUGGGUUUUCGGGCGAGAAGCGUAACGGAAAUGGAUUCACAGAGAAAGAUGGAUUAGGCUCUAAACGUGUGAAAGUGCGAGAUCUGGGUUCUGAUACCAAAACCAGUAAUCUGCAACCUGAUAAAGACAUUAGAAUUGUUCAGCAACCGAAUCUUAGCAGUGAAGAGAUUUCUGGAGUAUCUGAGAAGCUUGUGAUUCCUGAUGCUGAAGGUUUAGGAAGGGUAAUGAGAGAAAAAGAAGCUUUGGCUAAAGUUCUUAAGGCGAGCACAUGUUUACCUAAAGCUAAGUCAAUUUCUACAGAUGGUGAUAGAUGCGUUGCUAGUUCUGGAAAACAAGGUUUGCUUGAGAAUCACACUGUGAAACAUGAUAGCGACUCUGUUGAUGAUGGCGUUUCAAAGAAUGUCAGCGUCUUGAAACCGAAGGAGACUUCUGAACCCGUUGCAAGUCCACGCGGAGCAGCAGAGUCGAAUUCACUACGACGAGAUCCUUCGCUUCCGAAUCCUAAUAGCGAGAUGUGUAGUGGAGCGGGUCCAUUGGAGAAGUCAGAUUCGAUGCGGAGAUGGAUGGAAAUGAAGAAGAAUGGUUUUCUCUCAGGCCCUUUGGGUGGAGUCUCAGCUCCGAGUUCUACAGUAUCGACUCCUCCUGUUGAAAUCCCCGCCGCGCAAAAGCAGCAGAAGAACAAGAGGAGAGGCGAUUCUUUCAAGAAGAGAAACGAGGUCCUCCCUAAGAAGGAACAGCAGCAGGUAGAUAGGUUCUCGAAUGUCACCGCGCCAAGUGGGUUGCUGACGGAACUGAACCCGGGAAUCAUUAACCAUGUCAGGACUAAGAAACAGGUCUGCUCAAUUAUUGAAGCUUUGAUUCGAAAUGCUACUGAUGAUGCUACCGUGGUGGAAAGAAAUGCCAAUUUGAAUGUAAGAGAUUCAGUCAGAGAAGAUAAGGCAUUAGCCUUUAAGUUACCAUCUACGGGAGUACCUGAUCAUGCCAAUACUACAAACCCGGAACAAGCCACGUCUCUUGCUGUUGAAGCUGCUACCGUAGCUUCCCAAUGGUUGGAGUUUCUUCACCAAGACCUCACCGGACGGCUUUCAGCUGUGCAGGAUAGUAGGAACAGAGUUCAAAGUAUUCUGGCUACCGAGUUGCCGCUUCUCGUCUCAUCAAGAGAAUCUUCUUCUAACCAAGAUAACAACACUCUUCAGAUGACGGAUACUACGAAUACUUCUGGUGAUGCUCCUUCGGAUAAAACAGUUACAGAGACGCAUCAGAUAAAGUGGUCUGCAAAAUUUGAUCAGAUUAACAAAUCUCUGUAUGAUGAAGAGAAAGAUCUGGAACGUUCGUUAAACCAAGUGAAGGAAAUGCAGUCAAGAUGCAACGAAGGUCUACGGCAAAUGGACGAGUACUCGCCUUUCAGUUCCCAGUCAUCAGAUUCAAGUUUUGGGAAAGAUGGGAGCAAUAUGGAGACUAGCAUGGCGGUUCAGGCGGCUGCAGCUUCCAUUUUUUCGACCUGCAGCUUUCUUCUGUCAAUGAUGAAGCCGCCGCCUACCAGUUCUUGA